CAAUAGAUAAGGAGGAAAACCUGCUCGAUAUCUGAAUAAACGCAGGUCUUAAGUUACUAGCUUGUUUCCAGUUUAUGGAACACCACCAAUGCAGAAGAUCGUUUAUACUUUAUAUUAGUAAAUAAAAGGUGUUGAAAAAAUAAAACAUUGCAGCUUAGUAAUACUCUUUUACCUUUUUGAUUGUGCUGUGGGCAAAAAGAGCAAGAUAGGUUUUCUGUUUUCUUGGGGAAGACAAGAGCUGUCUGAGUGUGUAAAAAAGAGUUUGGGUUGCUUAGUUACUAAUUAAAUCCUGUGAGUUGCUGCCCAAAUUGUCUCUAUUGAUACUUUGAUCGUCUCCAUGACAACAACUACAGAAGUUAAAAGAGUUGUUCGUGCUUAUUUGAACGAUCAUGAGAAUCCUAGCGUUGCCGAAUUUGUUGCGACGCAUGUCGAUUUUAUCAAACAAAACACACCUUCUGGCAAAUUAGCUAACAAAGUUUGGCCAAAUAUCAUUCGUGACGAGGCAGCGCGAUUAAGGAAGAUUUUAACCAAAAACAGAGUCAGUUGGAAAGUAUUAUGCGCUUCCACCUCUGAUAACCACAACUCUGCUACUUCCAACAACAUCGAAAUCGACCGUCCUGCUCUUACUUCUACUCCCAGCCAUAAUAAUGCGGUUACCACCAGUUCUUCUCCAGCUCCUAAUAGCAUCACUCCUCCUUCCAUCAAUUCUGCCGCAUCUUCUUCUUCAUUAGGCAAACGAUCUCGAUCAUCCAGUGCCAAAACCGAUUCUUAUGAAUUGACUCCAGAUAUGAAAGAAGAAUACAAACGAGCAUUUGAGGCGUUGGAUGAUAAUAAAAAAUGGGUUCUAGACGAUGGCACUAAAGUGGAGGAUGCAAUGUAUGCAUAUGGAGCAAAUUGUACUCAUGAGCAGUAAGGAGAUAAGCAUACCCUUUGAUUCGUUCUAUACUCUUGAUAUUGAGAGCUUCUUGCUAAUUAAACUAAAUUAUUUAGCCCCGUGCAUUCAUUUAUUCUUGACAC